AUGUCACAAGAUUACGAAAAUAGUUGCCAUGCCACCUUCACUUCUGCUGCUUCCUUCAAUGAAGACGAAGAAGAUGAUGAUGAUGAACCCUGUUUCAUGGAACCUGAAACUGAAAGUGUUGUUGUGGAAAAGACGCAUGAGGUGAGGGUCGAGCAUUUGAUGAACAAUAACGGCAACGUUUCCUCCAGCGUAAGAGUAAGAGACAUGCUUUUCUCCAUGGAUAUUCCCGUUCAAGAUUUCAUGGUGGAACAAAUCCUGGCCUGCGCUCAUCGUAUGGGGAUGACUGAACGGUACAGAAAUCGAAAGGUUUUGAGAAUGCGUGUGGAAAUCGAGGCUGUUGUUAAUGAACUACCGGAUGAAGACGAUGAUGAUGGUGAGGACGAGGAUUUCGAUUCCAUGAGGAAUGAUAAUGAAACAGAAACGGCAAUAAUGACUGAGAAGCUGAAGAAAGUUGUGGCUGAAAGGCCAAACAGUUGCUGCCCAACCUGCUUGGAAGAUUUCUUGGUGGGUACAGAAGCCACAAGCAUGCCAUCUUGUUCCCAUCUUUUCCAUCAUUGCUGCAUUAUGCCUUGGCUAUACAAGAAAAACUGUGUCCCUUAUGUCGUUCUCAGUUGA